AUGUCUUGUGCCGCCACAGUCAAGACUCUGCGGUCCUCCGACGGGACAUCGAUAUACGCGGAGGCGGUGGGUAGCCCCAUGAACCCGCACAUCGUGUUUAUUCACGAAGUGACGCUCUCCUCGGUGGUCUUCGACGACCUCGUACGCGAUCGGCGCCUAACAGAUCAUCUGUACCUGAUUCGCUACGACCUCCGCUGUCAUGGCCGGAGCGGUAUUGCUUUAUGCGAAGAAGGGCUGCAUCCUUCCCGCCAUGCCGAAGACUUCUGUACCGUCGUCAAAGGCUUCGGUCUGCGUCAACCGAUCGUGGUCGCCUGGGGGUUCGGUGCAACCGCGGUCGCGGACGUCUGUGCCGCCGCCAGUCCCAACCCGAUCUCAGGCAUAGUGCUCGUCGCGCCACUGCCCUUCCUGGGCCCGGAGAUGCCACGGACAGCCACGGAGCGCAUGCUGGGGGUGGCGCAGGUGCUGCGCUCGUCCCGGGAUACCGUGAUCUCCGCGCGGGCCAAGACGGAUCUCGUGCAGGGCUUCUUCGCAGGCGCCACUUGCGCUGUCCCGGACGCGCUCAAGUCGUCCUGGCUCGGGCUGAGCAUGGCGCAGACCCCAGAGGUGACCGCGUCCGUGCUCGCUGUGUCGCACGAUCCCGCGAAGCUGCUCGAGGCGGGCAGGGCGGGUCUGCCCUUGAUGAUCGUGGUCGGCUCGCAGGACGCGCUCGUCCAUGGGCCCGCGGUCGUCGGCGAGUUGCGGCGCCACUUUCGGAACGCAGAGGCGCAUGUGGUCGACGGCGGCAGCCACGCGCUCUUCUUCGACAAGCAGGACGAGUUCGUGAAGCUGCUGCUCGUGUUCGCUGGUCGCUUGGCGGUGAUGACCCUCAUGGGCUGAGGCCAUGAGGAGGUAUUGUCUUUUUGGGCCUGACCGUGACCUGAUACAUUAUUAACCACUUAGUGUGUCCCCCUUUCUUGGUUGUUUCUUGUGCGCGGGCCUCCGCGCCUGCUUGUUGUAUAACUUACGGUAUGUAGGAUUACCCCUGCUCUGAUACAUC